CAGAUCGAGACAUCUUGAGCACUGAAAUCUGACUUCUCAUCUCUUUAAGAAUAUGGAUGAAUGCAGUGACGCCCCUGAACUGAGGAUUGUCCUCGUGGGGAAAACCGGAUCCGGAAAAAGCGCCACAGGAAACUCCAUCCUGGGGCAGAAGAAGUUUAGAUCUACCAUCUCACCCGCAUCAGUGAUAAAAACGUGUGACAAGAAGGAGACUGUGAUUGAUGGCAGGAAAAUUGUGGUUGUGGACACGCCUGGGUUUUUUGACGGCAAUGUAACCAAGGAAGAAACUGCCAAAGAAGUUGAAAAGUGCGUCAAAUGGUGCCAUCCAGGUCCACAUGCCAUCAUCCAAGUCAUGCAAGUGGGUCUUUUCACUCAGGAGGAGAAAGACGUAGCUCAAAUAAUCCAAGACAUUUUUAGCCACGAGGCAAAGAAUUAUUUGAUCGUUCUGUUCACCCGCAAAGAUGAUCUGGAAGGAAAGCCUUUGAAAACAUUCUUAAAUGAAAGAGAUGCUUCUCUUCGGGAGCAGAUUGACCGAUGCGGGGGCCGUUACCUUGCUUUCAACAACAAGGCUGAAGGCCAGGAGAGGGAAGAGCAGGUGAGGGAGCUGCUGCGCAUGAUCGAUGCCAUGCUGGAAAAGAACAGGCAGGCCCCCUUUUACACUGACGUGAUGCUCACCAGGGACCGAAAAAAGAUUGAAGAAUACCAGCGUCUGGAAAGGGAGAACCAAGAGCUGAAGAAGAAGAAUGAAAAACUGGAAGAGAAGAAAAAGUCAUGCAACAUAUCCUAAAAGACGCAGCCAUGUUGCUUUUCAAAUACAUUCUGACACAGACCUUGGUGACCCUUUCCUUAGGCACAACUCCUGAAAAGAGAACAGAACGGUAUUCAUCCAAUGUAUAUCCGAAGAUAUAAGAAUGUGCGUAGGAGGCAAACUCAUCAAUUACCCGGCGCCUCAUGUCUCAUUUUUGACCUCAGAACAACAUAUUUUCCAGCCGAUGAAGCCACUUUACAUCCCUAUAGAAGUCCACACGGUCAGACGGUUCUCUAAAUUACAUGUUUCGUUAGUCAGGGGGAAACCUCGUUGAGAUCUGGCACUGAAUGUUUGUUUAACUUUGGGAUUGUUGAAGGCAUUGAAUUACUGCCUCUGGUUUAAACCGCCUUGAGUCCCCUUCGGGAUCGAGAAAGGUGGGGUAUACAUCUCCUCAAUAAAGGAAUAUAUACGCCAAAAGGGAGAGUGGGUCGUUGUAGGUUUCUCCGGGCUAUACGGCCCUGUUCUCGAGGCAUUCCCUCCUCUCCGGGGAUAGGAUGUAAGGCUUCUUGACCAGCCGGCAGGUAAUGGCUGGUGGCACUCCGAGCAGCGGCCACGGCUCCUGGAAUCUCCCAAAGCGCUCUCCACCUCCAUGCCUUUCCCUACAAGUUCCAUUCAAGGUUUGCCAUGAUUCCACUCAGCAAGUAUUAUUCCUCAUUGCUCCGGGGGAGCAAUGAAAGUCACCGAUUUGUCGUAGCCUCUGCUUCCGUACGUUUCCUUGACUCCGUGAAUAUUUGGGAUGGAUGGUUUGGGGCGCAGAAUGUAUCGUUGUUACAAUGGGAUUUCCCUGCCUCUUGGCAGAAUGGGGUUGGGCUGGGUGGCCCACCAGGUCUCUUCCAGCUCUAGGGUUUCCAUGGUGAGGCCCCUGAUGGUUUGGCAGUUUUUGAGUCCAGGGAUGUACGUAUUUCUCCGCUCCUCUGAUAUGGCACUGUGCUGGUUACUCUGAACUCUUCUGAGAACAUGCGUGGAAUCAAUAAACAGAUUGUGGCUCCGCAUGGAAUGGAGGCGUUACU